GUUUAAAACAGCAGCAGCUUCAGCUCACUCACUGUGGGGAAGCUUAACAGCCAGGUUCAAUCUUCACACUCCUCACACACUCAACAUAUACUUUUACUGAGAAACACCAACACAGUGCAGGUAUUGACAGACUGAUCUGCUCCAAUGGAGGGUAAUUACAGUGACUCAACUGGAAGCACGCAACCAUCUGUGUCUGGACAACAGACUGAGGGACACACUUAUGAAGUGGCAGUACAAAGCAACUCCACCAACCACAGCUCUCAGUUUGCAGAUGUGGCUUUGCUGCAGACCUUCAAGCCCCUCAUCAUCCCUUGUUACGUGCUUGUGGUGGUGGUGGGUGUGUUUGGGAACUACCUGCUCCUCUAUGUUAUCUGCCGAAUUCGCAAGAUGCACAAUGUCACCAACUUUUUCAUUGGAAACCUGGCCUUUUCUGACAUGCUCAUGUGUAUAACAUGUGUCCCGUUUACUCUCGCCUACGCCUUCAACCCACACGGCUGGGUUUUUGGCCGCUCUAUGUGCUACCUGGUGUUCCUCAUCCAGCCCGUCACAGUGUAUGUUUCAGUCUUCACGCUCACAGCCAUUGCCGUGGACAGAUAUUAUGCAACAGUUCACCCCCUGAAGAAGCGGACCUCUGUGGCUACUUGCACCUUCGUCCUCACUGGAAUCUGGUUGCUGUCUUGUGGCUUAGUGGCUCCAGCAGUGACUCAUACCUACCAUGUUGAAUUCAAAGAGGAAGGCUUUACAAUCUGCGAGGAGUUCUGGUUCGAUCAAGAGAAAGAAAGACGGGCUUAUGCAUACAGCACAUUGUUGGUUACUUAUGUUCUUCCAUUGUCAGCUGUCUUUGUCUCUUAUCUCUGCAUCACUGUCAAAUUGAAGAAAUGUGUUGCCCCAGGCAACAGGACACAAGACAAAAUUUGCGCUCAUCAGGCUCGCAAGAGAAAAAUCUUUCGCUUAGUAGCUCUUCUGGUGUCUGCUUUUGCACUCUGUUGGCUUCCCAUUCAUGUGUUCAACGUGCUGAGAGACAUUGACAUUAACCUUAUAAACAAGCGCUACUUUUUACUUAUCCAGUUGCUGUGCCAUCUGUGUGCCAUGAGCUCAUCUUGUUGCAACCCCUUUCUCUAUGCAUGGCUACAUGAUCGCUUCCGGGCUGAGCUGUGGAAGAUGUUAAAGUGUCAUCAUCGCAUUGGAGCUCCCACCAGUAACUGUGCUGCAGGUGUGGUUUUGUAAUUUGCUGGUGUAUCUGUUGAUCACUUUGUGUAACUUGCAGAUUUCUAUAGUGUGCAAGUGGAAACUAGAGAUAUGUUGCAUAAGAACAUUAGCAGUGGUUGAAUGUUCUUGAGAAGAGGCUUAUUACUAGACAGUCAUGAAAGUAACAAAUCACUUUUUUAUACCUUCUCUUAGUUACAGUGCAGUGAUGAUAGAGAGACAGUUCUGCCUUGGUGUUUCUUUAUAAGUGAUCUGCAUUUAGACAUGUCUGGAAAAUGAACAUAUGUAGGCUAUAUCAUUAUGAUGAGGCCUUGACUUUCUUCAAUAAGCUUCCCACUGCUGCCAUGGCUUUCACUCAUGUUUUAUCAAAAUUAUGGCAAAUUAUCCACAGUAGUUUCUCUCAAAGCCAAUGACGUUAUUGGUUCUACAGUAUGAGAGGGAGCAACAGAUUUGUGGAGUCAUGCAGAUAAUAGCUUUUUGGCAGUUGCACCAAUCUUCUGUUUGAUGAAAAUGUAUAGAAACAGCUCUAGAAAAUGGCAACAAAUAACCUCCAUGUACAAGACUGAGACACAAAAAGCAUAAAAAAUAAACAUCUUAAUGUAAGCAAUCCAAUAAAUAGAACAUUUUCAUCCUCUGUGGAUCACGAACAUCCACAAGUCUGACAUGAUUUGCCUAUUAGAUACAGCCCAUUUGUUCAGGAUUUAAGCUGAGGGUGGCACAUUAAGAAAGGAAAUUGACAGCAAAUACCAGUAAGCCUUUAUCCCCACAGAAAGCAAAGGGUUGUCACGAUUUAAACUUUUCUUCUUUAUCAUUUGGCUUGGUGCCAUUAAAUAAAAAAGAAAGCGGUUUGCCAAGAAUAUCUUGAUGAAAAUGUCUUUAAGUAGUCUUUUUAUUGUAGACUGGAGAUAUUUUGGGCUUGGCAUGAGCAGCCAAAGAAAUGUCAGCCUGCUGGUGCUGUCAGUAGCAUUUAUCCCCUUUGGACAGGAAAUAUAGUCAAACCUCACUGUGAUUUAUAUGUUAUCUGUAUGUCUGGGUAAGACCCUAAUGACUUGAUAUGAAGGCAUCACAGUGAGGAAGCUAAUGAACUGUCCAAACCAGUAAGUGUUUAUCUUCUAGGAAGCAUGUCAGCUUGUAUUUAGACUUUUCGUCUGCGUCAGCUGAAAUGGCACC